AUGAGACAUGAGACAUUUCUUUUGCUAUUGCUUCCUACGAUCAUUGCAUUUCGAUCAUUAAAAAUUGGACGAAAACAAAGUACUGCAGUAAAAGGUGUACUGAUGUGUAACGGUAAACCUGCUGUUAAUGUUAAAGUGAAACUUUACAAUGAUGGCAAAGGUCGAUAUAUAAAAGAUUUCAUGGAUGAAGGAACAACAGAUAGUGAAGGUCGUUUCUUACUGAAAGGCCAUGAGAUAUCGAUUAGUGAUAUUGAUCCGAUGCUGAAGUUAUAUCAUGAUUGUGAUGAUGAAAAUGCUCGAUGUUUGAAGAAAUAUUCAAUAGUGAUACCAAAUGGUUUUGUUAGUGAAGGUUUAGAACCGAUCCGAACAUUCGAUACGGGCAAACUAAAUUUAGCCGGCAAAUUUUUUGAUGAAGGAAGAGAAUGUAUUAAUUAA